AAGGUUAUUUUUUAAAAUCGUCACUUAUUCAUUUAUCUUUUUUUCUUUGGAUACCGCGCCUGUCAUCAGAUCAUUCAAACGUCACAGCAUCGCGAUUGUUACGUCAAGGCGGAAAAUAUUAUUUCAUAGAAAAAAAAAAAAAAAAAAACAACACAUAAAUCAUCCGAAUUUAUUUAUACUUAAGCGACUUGAGUCGACUUCGAACCGACCAAAAAUGUUUGGGCGGGAAACCCACCGGAAACGGAAAACACGCAUAUGUUAUUAAAGCACGUCACGGACAGAUUCAAAUCCCCUUAAUUAAGCAGCUAAUUAUUUGCACUUAAAGAAGUAGACACGAUCGGUGUAGCAUUAUAUUGGAUUAUCGUGUAGAGGGGCAUGUCGCGGUAAUCCGUAUUCCCAUGUUCCGUGAUUGCUUGAAGGUUGCGUGGAUCAGUACUUGGCGAAGCUUUGCUCUAAAAGUUCUUGCUCGCGGUCGUCGAGCGAUGGUAAACAAAUUCUGGUGUCACGAGGUAGCAAGAAAGUGGUUUCUGAAGAAGGCCGAGCCACCGCAUGCGCGACAGUUCUCCGAGCCGAAAUGUCAACAGCACGUGGCUACCUGGUACCUGCUCUACCGUUGGUUGAUCUUCUUAGCCUGGACCUGUAUCAUCGUGUGUUCGAUCUUCGAGUUCGGUAGCUACAAGCCCAUGAUCGCUUACGACAAAUGGCCGAUAUACUUGACCAACUGGGACUUAAUGUUGGGCCUGUGUCAGGCCCUGCUCGGCGGACUUCUCGUAUCGAGAAGAUGGAAACUGCAAAAAGUAUCAGACUUCAAUCCGUCUACGUUAACGAUAGGUUUUACAGAGAGGGCUUAUUGGUUCUUUUACAUCGCAACCACGGGUACGGCGUUUUGCGUAUCUAUCUCCUAUUGGUGUAGCAUUUACGAUCCUAAGAUUCAUCAUCUAGACCCUUUAAAUAUAAUGUUACACGUAUGCAACAGUGUUCUAAUGGCUAUCGAUUUCUGCGUAACGAACGUCCCGUUUAGAUUGAAAAACUUUUGGUGGUGUUUGUCUAUACCGUUGUUGUACACUAUUUUCUCGCUGAUGUAUUAUUUGGCCGGCGGUUUAGACAAGAACGGCGAACAUUAUAUUUAUAAGAUCCUCGACUGGAAGAAACCGUUACGUAGUUCGCUAGUGUGCGCUGGCGAGUUCGUAUUUAUCACCGUCGUGUAUUCCAUAGCAUGUCUUCUCGAGCAAAUUAAAAAUCAAGCCUACGCUAAAUUCGUCGUGAAAUCGUACACGGUAACGAAAAAUUCUGUUACGGAAAAACGUGCCGAUAUAGUUUAAAAAAUCGUAGGCUAUUUCCUAUAACGAUCUACAGUUCCAAAGUAAAUUAUUGUUUGUACAUUUUAUUAUUCCUCGUAUUACUCGUAAGUUAUAGUUCAAAGUAUUAAUAUGUCAUUUUAUAAGUAAUUUCACUUGUCUAUGAUUAAGGAAUUACAAAUAGGGCCCUAGUCGAGGGAAGAGGUGGUGCCCAGUUUCAUGCUCAUUCAACGAAAUGUAUCGUUUUAAAAAUAGCUACGUAAAUCUAUGAUAGGAAUUGCAAUUUGAUUGCCGGUUUGAUUUUUACGUAAGAUUCCUGAUUGUUAAUUGCGUCUACAUCAGCGUGAUGUAAUAUGCGCGCAUAAACAAACUUACGAUAUUCGCGCAUGCGUGCUCGACACUAUUCACGAUACAGUAUUUCGAGAAAAAAACAAA